AUGACCCUUGCAAUCAGUGCGCCCAAUUAUGAGGCCCGGCUUGCCGCGGUUCGACGUACCCCAAAACAGGGGCCUAGAGUGGAUGGAUUGGAUUGAAGGAACAUAUUUUACCAUUAACUGUACAGUGAGGGAGGAGAUAUUCUCUUGGCCUGCUCUGUAUACAGUUAUGCCUGGGGGUGUUUGAGCGCCUCACAGAGCCAAAAAGAUUAGAGUGUGGAGCGUGUGUUUGGAUUUUAGGUCUAGAUGUUGCCUAGGACCCCAGAAGAGAUGGCCCCGGCUUGGUACGGUAUGGGGGCUGAAAAAAUUAAAAUGACAAAGGGUUUUGGGGGAACCGGGGAUUAGGUUAAAAGGAAUUUUAAAAACCCGUGGAAAAAACAGUUCACCCAAAACAAGCUUUUUUCCAGUUAUUUUCCCCCAUUCGACCCAUGAAGGACACCCAAAACCCCAAUGGGGAAACCCCAAACGGGCCAAGGAAAGGCCAAACAAAUCAGGUGUGCAAAGGACACCCCAAAAAACAAAACAUAACACGCACACCGCAGCCACACACAGCCAACAAGGAGAAGGCUGACCAAAAACCGCCAGGAAAACCCACCGACAACAACCGGCUUCCAAGGACCCGAGCACAAACGCAACGCAAACAACACAAAAAGAGCCCACCCAGACCGGACAGAAGAAGCCAGUCGAAAAAACCCGAAUAAGACCGACGCACGAAAAAACAAACCACCCCCCACCCCAACCUCAAAUAACAACACAAUACCCCCAAAACAACCAACAUGCCCAACUUAACCAAAAACCCUCACAACCCCAAAACCAUAACCCCCAAACCCCUUAACUUUCAACCAUACUUCACAACCCAAAACACACCCAACGACCCACCUACCCCAAAACAGCUAGAGGGGAUUGAGAAACUAACAAACCAAACCCCAAAGACCUCGCUCCCAUAAAAAACCAAAAAUUUUACAAAAAAAAAAAAGCCCCUAACAACAACCUACCCCACAAAACCCCCCCCAAACCCCCCACCCAACCCCCCCCUUCACCCCCCCCCACCCCAACCACACCCCCCAACACCAAUAAAAAAAAAAAAAAACAACACACAAAAACCAAAACCAAAACACAACAAACAAAAACACAAAAAAACAAACAACAAAAAUACAAAACCCCCCCAAACUCAACCAAACACCAAAACCAAAAACCCCCACCAACCCCCCCCCCCCCCCCCCCCCCCCCCCCCCCCCCCCCCCCCCCCCCCCCCCCCCCCUCUUCUCUCUCUCUGUCUCCCCUACUCUGUUUCUCCAUCCAGAGACGCAGAGCUUCGAUAAUAAUCACUCUUGCAUUUCACAUUAAAGAUGGAAUAAUGGAAAUAAAAGUUAUCCGAUAAAUCCCACCCUAGUCGGAGGAUUAUGAUCCAAUACCAUGUCCCUGUAAUGAACGGAGUCAUGUAAGACUACAUUAGGAAAUGGAGACGGGACUAGAACGGAGCCUUGAGGCGCUCCAAAACAGUUUACUAAUGUGAAAUCCAGACAUUGUGUGGCUAAUGAACUGUUUAUGGAAUCUAAAUGUCCAUAUUGUGUUGCUACUUCAUCCUCUCUAAUCCUUUCCAGUGCUUUAUGGUCUCUUGAAUUUCUCUUUCUCUUUUUUCCCUUGUUCCCUUACCUCAUCUCUCCUUUGUCUCUGUAGCGCUCCUCUUCGACAUGACCUGCUUUUCUUCCUCUUCUCUACUGGGCUAAUGCUAUAUAUCUUUCUCUUCCGCCUCUUCUUCUCCUCCUCUCCUCCCUCUUUCUCUUCUUGUAACAACUAUCCCUAUCCCAACUAUCCCCCUGUUUCUUCAAGCAGGCCUGGUAAGAUCUAAUGUUGUCUGUCACAUGGUUACGUGUCUGCAGUGGCUGCUUGGCUUCUUACACUGUGUGUUGCCUUUUUACACUCACUGUCUCACUCUAUAAUCACUGUUCAAGUCCUAUCCCAGUCUGGCUCUUAUGAUUGACCAUUUCUGCCAUGUUGCCUGAAAUUCUUCCUCCGCAUCAUUUUGCAUUGGGCACACAAAGUUUGACAACACCCAUGUCCUGCACUAGAGUGUGUAUGCCUGUAUGUGCACACCAUGGGUCUUUAUCCAUGGACAUGCAGUAUAGUUUGCAUGGUGUUAAAGUAUGGGAUGUCACUCACAAUAAGAACAUUGCCAUUCACAGAUAGUUAAUUAAGCAUAUUUUCCAGUUAUAUGCCAUAAAUGUUUAUGGCACUAGUUUGAUAUGAAGCAUAUAUGAAGAUUAUUCUCCCAGAUUUAACAAAACAUCCCUCUAUUGGCAGAUGAAGAAAGUCCAUAAGCCCACCAAACCCACCCAAAACCCAUCUGUAUAAUAUCAUAUAAACUGUGUGAUUUGCCACUCCCUGAUGGCAGAUAGGGAGACAUUCAGUUCAUGUCUGUCCCAAACGUUCUAGCAACGCUCUGGCUAGGGCCAAAACCAUGGAGCCCAGCCACAGCCUGUAAUUUCCCUGCAGCGCCAAUAAUGUUCGCUCCCAGCCAAAGCCAAUGAACUGUGGUGAGCAGAGACGCUGAGAAGAACUCCACUGUGGGGACAGAUGCGGAUGGUUUUGGAGGGUUGUGUGUGUGUUUGAGGGUUUGUUGUGUGUUUGUGUGUGUGCAUGUGCGUACCUGCCUGCGCGUACCUGCCUGCGUGUACGCGCUUGUGUGCGUGGUGCCUGACUGCCUGUCUCCACAGUAGUCCCCAAGUCACCCCUCGCAGGUUAGCCUAGCGCAGCAUUAUCAUUAAUUCACUCACUGCUCAUGUGUCAAUGAUAUUGACUCAAUAAGGUGGUGGUUGUGCUGUUGAUGGGUUGCCAGAUUGGAGGUUCUGCGAGGUCAUGUUAAUCGAAACUGGCGCCCCGUCCACGCGCCCGUGCAGUGUGUGGAUAUCCAUGGAUAUGCCAUUCACUCUGAAUGGGCGUGUUACAUAACACAAUGGAUGCGUCCCACAAUGGAUGCAACAAUGGCAAUCUUCCACGGCUGCAGUCAAGUACCGUACAGCAACAUGUGUAUUGAGCCGUUGCCUUUUUUUCCUCAACUUUUCCGUCAGUCUUGCUGCAUGUGUUGCAUAUUGCACUAUGAUCCAUCUGCUGAUGUAAUACAGUGUAACACGUUUUUGAAAUUAAAUGCAUUGAAAAUGUAAUGUGUUAAGUUCUGACAAACAGAGUGAAAAACUAACGGACAACUAGUCAAAGCUCAAACCAAGUUUAUUCACCCACUGAGUCAAAUAGCUGAAAAGACAAAGAUAUGUUUCCACCAGCACAAGUAUUUAUACCAUCCUUUAGACGUAGUCUCCUCCUUGCACUUCUAAACACUACAUAUUUGUUGCUAGGCAGGAAGUUAAGUGAUGUGUGUAAUAAAACUGUGCCUUCUCCCUUCAUUUAACCUGACCUGACCUCGACCCACAUUCCUCACUAAUCCACAGCUAUCAAACCUUAUCAGUGACCUCAACCAAUUGAUUGCCUUUUCCCUUACUUAGUAACUUCCAGCCCCAUACUUCUUGACCCCACCAUAUACAUUCCUCAUACAUGCAACCAUUAACUUCUAGCAUAGCAGGUAUUUCAAAUUAGAACCCAACACAUGUCAAUGGCAAUCUUGCCCCCUGCUUGAAAUUAACAGAAUGUAACUGAUGUAUCAUUGUAACUGAAUAGUGCUGUCUUUUUGUUUGGCCUUCCUCUUCCUGUAGGUGAUGAGGGAGGUGUGCAGCAACGGAGGUGACUCAGAUGGAGCAGGCUCCGGGUCUCCUGUACACAAGCCCCACCUGGAGAAGGUAAGGAACAGAAUGCCAGCUCAGGCACAUAAACACACACACACAUUCACACACCGGCAUGACACAAACUCAUAAAGAAUCCAAAACGAACACGUGCAUGCACACGUGUACACAAACACAUCAACGUGAAGGUAAGGACACACACACACACACACACACACACACACACAUAUAUAUACCUACACAUCUCUGUACGCUGCCAUAGGGCCCCUCGCCUCUCUCUGUGUGCCCUAAUAGCUAGCAGGAUGCCAGGGCAGCACAUUGCAGUAAAAGCUGUAAUUGUUGUGCCAAAUAGCACUUAAUUACAGCUGUGGCACAGUGUGUGUAGGGAGGUAAAGGGAGAGUGUGUGUGUUAUUGGAUUUCAUAAGCCUGGAGAAAACAGGUAAACUUACUAGAACUGUUGGAGCCUUAUUGUACAGAGCUUGUGUGUGUGUGUGUGUGUGUGUGUGUGUGUGUGUGUGUGUGUGUGUGUGUGUGUGUGUGUAUAGUGGUGGAAAAUUAGGUAGAUCAGAAGGACUUUAAUGACAAACCGCUCCCUAGCUGGCACAGUACACAGAAGCCUAAUUAUUUCAACCAUAACAUGUUGCAGAUGCUCUCCGAGAUUCUCUGUGGGUAUAGUGUGUGUGUGUGUGUGUUAAUGUAUAUGGUGGUGUGUGUGUGCGUGUGUGUUAAUGUAUAUGGUUGUGUGUGUGUGUGUGUGUUAAUGUAUAUUGUUGUGUGUGUGUGUGUGUGUGUGUGUGUGUGUGUUAAUGUAUAUGUGUGUGUGUGUGUGUUAAUGUAUAUGGUUGUGUGUGUGUGUGUGUGUGUGUGUUAAUGUAUAUGUAUAUGGUCCUCUGUAGCUCAAUUGGUAGAGCAUGGCGCUUGUAACGCCAGGGUAGUGGGUUCGAUCCCCGGGACCACCCAUACGUAAAAAUGUAUGCACACAUGAAUGUAAGUCGCAUGAGUGUGCGUCUGUCGGUCUUUUUCUUUGUGUCUGACUGCAUGUAUACCACCCUGUAUACCACCUUGUAUACCACCCUGUAUACCACCCUGCAUCCCACUGCUGGCUUGCCUCUGAAGAUAAGCAGGGUUGGUCCUGGAUGGGAGACCAGAUGCUGCUGGAAGUGGUGUUGGAGGGCCAGUAGGAGGGACUCUUUCCUCUGGUCUAGAAAAAUGUUUUUUCCAAUGCCCCAGGGCAGUGAUUGGGGGCAUUGCCCUGUGUAGGGUGCCUUCUUUCGGAUGGGACGUUAAAGGGGUGUCCUGACACUCUGUCGUCACUAAAUAUCCCAUGGCACUUAUUGUAAGAGUAGGGGUGUUAACCCCGGUGUCCUGGCUAAAUUCCCAAUCUGGUCCUCAUACUGUCAUGGCCACCUAAUCACCCCAGCUUCCAAUUGGCUCAUUCAUCCCCCCUCCUCUCCCCUGUAACUAUUCCCCAGGUCGUUGCUGUAAAUGAGAAUGUGUUCUCGGUCAACUUAACUAUAAAAUAAGGGUUAAAUGUGUUUUAUUUUGUUAUGUCUGUCUAACAGUUCUAAUGUUCUUAAACCCUAUGUGUGGACUCCUCCAAUUGCAGAAGGUGUCGUGUGAUAGGCCGAGCUCAGACGGAGAGCCGCCCCAUGAGAAUGGACACACUGUCACCGACUGUAAGGACCAAGGUGAGACCAGGGAAGGGUCUGGAAUACUUCGAUAGUUACAUUAAAUACAGCACAUCAUACUGGGCUAAUGCCAUUCUGUGUGAAAUAAUCUCUUCUCAAUUGGGCUUUCCCUUGGUUUAAUACUGUCCCUCUUUGGAAGUUAAAUGAGUAAUGGCAUGUCAGCCAUGAAUUAGCUCUAGAUUCAUAUUCUUCGUAUUCUUUAUCCUUCAGUCUUAAAGAUGCACUAUGCAGAUAUCGCUCUGCCAUUUCCUGUUUUUUAAAAUUUGAAUAGUUUAGCAGUAAUUUCAGUGACAAAACAAGCGCGUAUAGUCUAUACAAUCAUUGUAUCAACUAAACCGCUGUUAAAUAUAUUUUCCAUAACCAAAAAUAUUGUAUUUUCAGCUGUUUGAAGCUGGUGUACAAAACCGUAAGUAAUAGACUUAAGAACGGGAAGCAUAGAAACAGAGCACAUAGAACAGAUCUACCGUUUCUUAGAUUUUCAUUCAAUGAAAAUGACGGAUCUAUAACACACAUUUCUAUGUGAAUUUGGUCGGGUCGCCCAAAAAGUUACAUACAGUAUUGCAGCUUUAAUGCUAAUGAAGCAUUGUGUUUCUUCAGCUUUGACCCAACUGUAAAUCCCUCUAUACUCUGUUGAUUUACAAUGGAAAUGGGGUGUAUUUUCUUGAGGGUCAGAGCAGCUUGUGUGUUCAGGGGAGUAUGAUUAUGAGAAAGCUACAAAAACAAUGGACUUGAGCAUUUGGGAUUCAUUUGGAUUUAUUCAAUGUUUAUUUGAUAUUGAGCCUUUUUUCCUGCACGAAGUACCAAGACUAAGACAGCCAAGAUGCAAUCUAAAUAGCAGGAUGAGAUUAUUCAGCAUCUGCCUGCUCGACACGCUCAAUUCCGCUGGGUUUACAUUUUCAUUUAACUUGUCAAGACCUCUUGUUCGGAUUCUCCGGAAUUUAGAGCUGUUCUUGUUUGGUUUCAUUACACUCAAGUCAACGCACGCACACUCACACUCUCUCUCUCUCUGUGUGAAGUGUGUUGUUACCCAACAGCAGUAAAUUCCUGGUUUAUAGGUGAUUGCUAGCUCAGCACUAGGCUGUGAUUAAUAGACCUGUGUCUAAUAGUUUGCAUUUCACAGCUGGGAAACUAUGAUUGUUGUUGAAAUAUGCACACAACCUUUUCCCCAAAUGAGCUCAAUUGGAGGAUCUCUGACUGAUGGCUUUUGACAGAUUGCUGUAAUUUGAUCCAUUUAAGUCUAUGCAUUUGUUGUGUUCCCUCUGGUGAGACCAUUUAUGAGUGGAUUGUGAGUGUAUUAUAUAUGAUACUGCCCUAUGGAGGAUUGGAGUGGUAAUGCUGUUUGACAACCACUUUUAUUCCCCUACUUUCAUUCCCCAAUUACAUUUUACAUUUUUACAUUUUCGUCAUUUAGCAGACGCUCUUAUCCAGAGCGACUUACAAAUUGGUGCAUUCACCUUAUGAUAGCCAGUGGGACAACCACUUUACAAUAUCAACAAUUUAUUUAUUUAUUUUUAUUCACUUCAUGUAGAACUAAGAGUAUGGUGUAGCUCCACAAUGCCCUCUGAUAGGCUAGGUUGAAUAUUUGCCAUAUUGCUUACACUGUUCCAAUCCUCUCAUAUCUAGUUCCCACUGAGUAGGAGUGGAUGGUGGCUUGAGUCCAUAUACUAUGUCACUAGUGGCGAGCCAGUGGUUGAUGAUAUCACCUCAUAUCUCUACCACUGCAUCGCCAAGCCAAAAGACUACCACCCUUCUCACACCAUUUCACCCUAGCUGCACACUCUUUCUGAGGGGAAAAACGAGUCUCCAAACCCCUUUUUCAGCUUAAUCAGCCACAUUCCUUCCAUGGCUGGUAAGAAGCGAACUUGAUUCAGUGGAAUCAAAUUAGCCUGAUCAGAGAGUCGUCGUCGUCGUCCCCCCCCCUGUCUUUCACCGCAAAAAAUAGAGAAAAAUUAUUAUAAUCAUCCAAAGUGAAGCACUUUCACAUCUGUGUGUCUGGUUUCCUACCUUAGGCCCGGGGUCUAACGUGUGUGUGCACAUGCGUGAGAUAAACACCAGCAGGGGUUGGGCAGAAAUGGCCACAUAUUUAAUAAAAUGUGUCGCCAUUGGCAGAUAUCAUCACUAUCAGGGUAACAGGAUCUGAGUUGUUUCCUGCAGGGCAGUGGAGGUGUGUAUGUGUAUCUCUAUGUCUGUCUGCGUCUCUGUGUCUGUGUGUGUGUCAGCGUAAGCGUCUGUCUGCAGAAGCACUCCAGACUCCGAGCGUCAGCUGCUUCACUACAAUUACAUCAUUCAUGGGGAAUUUUGCACCCCUGCCUCAGAAACCCCUCUCUUCUUUCUGUCUCACUCUUGUGUCUGACUCCAGAAAGGAAAAUGGGAGUGAAGGGGGAGUUAUAUAAUAUUCUGUAGUAAUUAAUGUGUAUAAACAGGUAAUACAUGGGUAUGGUGCCGAUGAUCAAACUCUGCAGAUGUUGGGAGAAUUUAAAUAUUGCAGUUUUCUUAAGACAAAAGCUUAUAGGAAUAGACACUACGUUCUAGUCAGUGAAUCUCCCUGUCACACACUAUACAUACAAAUAAUAUUAUGCCCAUUUCCAUAUUCUCUUCUCCACUAUGUGACGUCUAUUCUUGUCAUUCUGUCUGUGGCUCAUCUCUCCUUUACCCUUCUGGCAGUCUCCAGAGUGGAUCUCUUCUACCAAACCCUGCUCACCGCAGACCACACAAUCCAAACAACCCUCAGACGACCAGCAGAUUUUCUCUUCAGACACUCAGAGAGACAGGCUUUAAGACUGGGUUUAGGCCAGUUUAGAGGCAUUUACAGGAGAAUGUGCACUGUCAUUAAUGUCUGUGGGCCUCUUCGGGUAGUAGAAUUGAGGCCUAAUUUCUGACCUAAAUAUUCAAAUGAUAUGACAAUCUGGUCAAAUAGCUUAUGUGAUCCUAUUUUCAUUCUUAAAGAUUAAAUUACCUUGAAGGUCUAGCUCUCUGACAUUGUAUGUCUCUCUCUCUCUCUCUCUCUGUCUCUCUCUCUCUCUCUCUCUCUCUCUCUCUCUCUCUCUCUCUCUCUCUCACUCUCGCUCUUUCUCUACCACUCUCUCUCUCAGGUAAAGGAAAGAAGGACUCUCAGAAGAGUCAGAAGGGAGGCACGCUGGGUAAAGGGGCGGGAAAGAAGAUCACUAAGAUCAUUGGCCUGGGCAAGAAGAAGCCGUCCACUGACGAACAGACAUCUUCAGCCGAGGAGGACAUACCCACCUGUGGUAAGACACCUCUUAGGGGUUAGAGGUCACAUCUGGGGUUUAGAGGUCAACCUAUAUCAAGGGUGGACUUGGUCGUAUAGGUGCUGUUAUAUAGAGGGCUCAUAGAAUGUAUGGGGAAAUGUCUUGACUUAGAACACCCAGAACUGCAGCUAUUUUCUGGUCUGCCGUUUGGCUAUUGGCCAUUUUACCCCACACUUUUAUCCUAACUGGUCCGUCUUGUCUGAUUGACAGGCUACCUGAACGUGCUGUCCAAUAACCGCUGGCGUGAGCGUUGGUGUCGUCUGAAGGACAACCAGCUGCUGCUCCAUAAGGACCGUGCUGACCUGAAGACCCACAUGGCCAGCCUGCCCCUCAGAGGCUGCGAGGUCAGCCCCGGACUGGACUCCAAACACCCCUUCGCCUUCCGCCUGCUCCGCAACGGACAGGAGGUGGCUGUACUGGAGGUAGGUUGGUGGUCAAUGGGCUCGGAGUGGAGGUUGGUCUUAGGUUCAGAUCUAGGAUCAGCUUACCCUUGCCAAAUCUGAACCUUCAUGGUCAGGGGGAAAUCAUCAGGUCUGUCGAAGGGCAACUUUGGCCUACCACACCAUCAAAUGCACUAACAACUAGUCAAGUGCUAAUGUGGUCGUGAUAGUAUGGAUUGGAUGGAAAGAAAUGAUGGAAAGUUAUCUCUUCUUUUUAUAAUUAUAAUUAUACAUUUUUUAAAACGUUUCUAAACCAAUGGUAUAACGUUAACAUAAAUAAAUAAAAAGAUACUAGCUUCUUUAAAUUAGCGUAAUUAUCUCUAACCCACCUCUCGUCUUCUCUCCAGGCGUCCUCCUCAGAGAGUAUGGGUCGGUGGCUGGGGGUACUGCUAGCUGAGACUGGCUCCACCACAGACCCUGCUGCCCUGCACUACGACUACAUAGACGUAGAGACUACCGCUAACGUCAUCCAGCUGGCCAAGCAGUCCUUCUGGUGAGACACACACGUACAUGCACACCUUCCAUUGAGUGAUAGGGGCUACUUAUCACCCCAUUGGGGGUCUCAGAGAGGCAAAUAUUUUGUAUGACAGAAAAGGUAUGCGUGCGUCUUUGAAUCCCAAAAAGUAUGUGUGGUGUUCCCUCAGACGCUCAGACCCCAUUCAAUUAGGAAUGCACAUCCCUGGACCAAUAUUUUUCCUGCUGGCAAUUUGAUGUGUCACUCUGACCAACAGGGUUUUCACCAGAGCACUGUAUACAGGCCAGUCCUGCCCACACAAUAACACAAUACACUGAACUGUUAUUUGUAUGAUGCAGGCAAUAUAUGAGACAGCUAUACACUGAGUGUGCAAAACAUUAAGGACACCUGCUCUUUCCAUGACAUAGACUGACCAGGUGAAUCCAGGUGAAAGCUAGGAUACCUUAUUGAUGUCACUUGCUAAAUCCACUUCAAUCAGUGUAGAUGAAGGGGAGGAGACAGGUUAAAUAAGGAUUUUUAAGAAUUGAUACAAUUGAGCCAUUGAGGAUGAAUGGUCAAGACAAAAUAUUGAAGUGCCUUUGAACGGGGUAUGGUAGUAUGUUCCAGGCACACCGGUUUGUGUCAAGAACUGCAACGCUGCUGUGUUUUUCACGCUCAACAGUUACCCGUGUGUAUAAAGAAUGGUCCACCACCCAAAGGACAUCCAGCCAACGUGACACAACUGUGGGAAGCAAUUAGAGUCAACAUGGGGCCAGCAUCCCUGUGGAAUGCUUUCGACACCUUGUAGAUUCCAUGCCUCGACUAAUUGAGGCUGUUCUGAGGGCAAAAGGGAGGGUGCAACUCAUGAUUAGGAAGAUGUCCUUAAUGUUUUGUACACUCAGUUUAAGUGUGCAGCUAUAAGGGUCCUUAAUGGACAAACCUCUCCAUAUUCCCCACAUGAUUCCACAUUUAUAUAGUGCUUUACUUUUGGACUAUGACUACUAUGAUUAUAUGGAGAAUGUGUCAUACGAUUCCCCGACGUAUUAUCACUCACUAAUGGAUAUGUGCAUUUUCUUCUUAGCUUCACUAGUAAACGUGCUGUAUCUCCCAACCCCUAUCUGGACAACCCUGUGAAUGGUUAUGCCUGUCCCUCUGGAAUGGCACUGCACUAUGAUGAUGUGCCCAUCAAUGGAACGGUAAGGACACAAAUGCACGAGCACACACACACACACUGAGAAAACAAACAAAUGAGUCAAAUCUCAGCAACUCUUAUAUCUGGAUGCUGCAUUGCUUGUGAUGGCUUGAAUCGGGGUAUCUUUCUGUUUCUCUUCCUCUCUCGUUCCUGCUUUCUCACGCUAAUCCAACUGUGAUUAAUAAUUGUGCAACCUUCAAGUACUUUCCUCUGCUCUGACUCACUUGUCUGUAACAAUAACAACCCUUUGGCUUCCUCUCUUCUCGUCUCUUCUCCUCUCCCCUUUGCUGACUUAUUUUUUCGCUCUUUUUCAAACAUCCUCUUCUCUCUUUUGUUUUUCUUUCUCUUUAUAUUUCCUUUAAUCUCCUCCUCGUUCCCUAUUUUUUCCUCUCCUCUCCUCUCUGCAUGCCUACCUCUAACAUAAGGACCCAGAGGCGCUGUACUCCAGCCCUGCCACCGGAGGGCGGCGUCUGAGAGAGGAGGUGUUGUAUGAGAACACUGACCCUGACCUCUAUGAGAACAUGCCCUCGCCCAAGCUGGCCGCCCGCUACUCCCCCAAGCCCAGUCGCCUAGCCUCUUCCUCCAGCCACUACAAAACCCCUGGCCCUGUUAAAUCCAAAUUCCUCUCCUCCUCUUCCUCAGCUAACAUUAAUACUAAAGCCGGUACUCAGGUGACUAACGCUCUGCUUUCUUAACCUUAACGCAACCUUAAUUAACACUGUAUACUUUUCUAUCGUCUUAAAGGGAUAGUUCACCUCAAAUUCAAAGUUUAUGAGAUGUUUCAUACUUCAACAAUUGUCUAAAAUUGAGUCUCUUAUGCCAUUUGUUGUAUAGAUCCUGCUAUAUGCAUUAAUCAAAAUCUUAAUGGGAGAGAUUGACACCAUCUAAAUUCCAUCUAAUAGCUUUGAUUUUGGAGUUAGCUCUUCCUUUAACAUAUAAUAUACACAGUGUACAAAACAUUAAGAACACCUGCUCUUUUCAUGCUCUUGACCAGGUGAACCUUAUUGAUGUCACUUGCUAAAUCCACUUCAACCAGUGUAGAUGAAGGGGAGGAGACAGGUUAAAGAAGGACUUUUAAACCUUGAGACAAUUGAGACAUGGAUUGUGUAUAUGUGCCAUUUAGAGGGUGAAUGGGCAAGACAAAAUAUUUAAGCGGAUUUGAAUGCUGUAUGGUAGUAGGUGCCAGGCACACCGGUUUCAGUGUGUCAAGAACUGCAACGCUGCUGGGUUUUUCACUCUCAACAGUUUCUGGUGUGUAUCAAGAACGGUGGGGGGGUUAGGAAGGCGUUCGUAUUAGGAAGGCGUUCGUAAUGUUUUGUACACUCAGUGUAAUAGUGUGAGUCUUUGCUAAGGGAGAGGGAAGGGGUAUGCCUAUAGAUGGGAAGGGAGAGGGAUUAAAUAAUGGGAUUUGAGUCUCAAUUCUUAUUACAUGUAUUAUUCCUGCAGAAACAUUUGAUUUAAUAUAAUGGUGUUGAUACUGGCCACCCAGAAUACAGGUUUCCAGACAUUAUCCUCAAAAUCCCCGAUAGCUUAGUCCCGCUGUAGUGCAGCUCUUGGUAAUGUGAUUAAAAACAUGACCGUGCAGAGGAGUGGUGUUACAUGCAUAUUGAGCCCCUCGUAAAAUACUCUGUCCAGUAUUGAGUAUCAGGGAGUUAGUUAAGGUCUGAGACAUUGACCAUGCACACUUUAGUUAGAGGCCUGAUAUUGGAUUGAGAGAAGUAGGGGGGAUCAAAUAUCAGCAGUGUGUGUUAUGUCGGAGCACUUCAGACCACCCAGAUUAUAGAGGGUUCUCCUUCUUUUAUCUGUGUGUGUGUGUGUGUGUCCUCUGUGUGUUUAUACUGCUCUUUGCCUUUACAACGACCAUCGCCUGCAUGCAUGUAUGUCAUUAUAUUUUUAUAGCCUACAUGGAUGUGAGUUGGAAGUGUCACCUAGCACUGUUACACACAUAAGUCACCACUUGGCGUUGUAGAGUUUAACUUUGAUGUGUGUAUGUGUCUGUGUGCGUGCGUGCGUGUGUGUGCUUGCAUGCAUCGGUCCAUAUGCGUGUGUGUAUGUGUGCGUGUGCAUGCAUAUGUGUGUGUGUGUGUUUAUGGCCAGGGGUGUUAACAUGGAACUCUGCACCACAAAGCCUGUUCUAGUGUUUAAUGUCAUCCUGCUAGGUGUAAAAAUCAGGCUCAGUGGCCCUAAUGCCUUCAGUAAAGCUAAUUGAAACUGGAUGGUAGAGCACCACAUCCAAACCCAUGGUUAUAUAGUAGUCUACACACACACACACACACACACACACUGCAGGGGAAUACAGUCCAAUAGGGCUGGUUUAGCCUGAUGCUUGGAUUACUGGGGGAUUCAGUUCAGAAGGGGAUUCAUACUUUUAGUGUCAUGUGUUUAACAUGCAAUUCAUUUGUACAGCUGUGCACAGAGUAGUUCACAUGAUCGUACCCACCUGGGGAUUUAGAUGGGCAAUGUUGAUUUUUAUUGGAAGUGAGUUGUAGACAUUUUAACUGUAUGUUUGAACUGUAGUGUAGUGGUUUUCGGACUGUGCAUUUCAACCAGAUUGUGAAUGUCUGUUCUCUCUUCCUCCUUCUCGACCGAUCAGCUGAAGGGAAAGAAGGCCCCAGUGACCAAUGGGAUGGCGUCUAAACAGAAGGUGGACAAGAACCAGGCCAAGAAGACCAACGGAACAGCCACCAAUGGAACAACCAAUGGAGCAUCUGUGAAACGUAACAACUCCAGUAAGAGUCUAAUCAAUGUGUGUUUGUGUGUGUGUGUGUGUAUUUUAGAGUUUGAGAGGUAGAGAGAGAGAGAGAGAGAGAGAGAGAGAGAGAGAGAGAGAGAGAGAGAGAGACACACCCAUUCCCAUGAGUGCCUUAUAGUGUAUGAGUCUGUCUAUAAAUCAUGACACACAGUAAAUACCAGUGAGAUAAUUCAUAAGCUACUGCUAGCCUGUCACUUCCAGUCAGCCCUUAUACAGUCUGCUAGCUGUGAUAUUUAGCAGUAGCCUGGUCUUAGCAGACACCAAGUCUGGCUCCCCACUCCUCAGUCCCAGUCAAACCCACCACUGAUCGCUUUCUAGGAAUACUGGAGCCACACAAAAAUCUGGAAUUCUCAAAUUACAGUUGGUGGAGCAGCAGGAGUAAAUAUCUUUGGAUGGGGCUAAGACAGCUUCCUUGAAACCAUCCGUUGUAAAUCCCAACCUUAUGGAAGAUUCCCAUGACAUAUCCAGACCAAACUAUCAUUCAACGUUGAGUCAAUGUUCAAAUAGCAGCAUGAACACGCAAAUAUUUGGCCAGGGUGACGCGUGGUUACUGGUGAGGCUAAUGUUUGCGGUGAAGGUCUGUGUGUUUUCAGUAAUGUGUGAACUACGACAGUUUUGAACCCACUUUCUCAUAUUUGGUCGCUUUUGUAAGCAUGGUGUUCAUAGGGAAUACCAACUAUGUGUCAUUUUGGAUUUAGUGUAUGUUACACAAUGGGCCCAUAUUGAUGUAUUGAUGGUUGAAGAUGUCAAGUGGUGGUUUGAUUGAUUAUUUGGUCCUUCGUAGAGGCUAAUGUGCUAGUGGGGCACACACUCACACACACACAGUCAUACUCAGUGGUGUGGAGAGGUUCCAGUGGCCCUUAUAGCUUAAGGCUUCUUGUUUGGUGUAUUUUUUUCAGCAGGGUCGGUCCCUUGUCCCUACUCUACUCUGUUUGAUUAAUGAGUGCUUAAGGCUGAGGUUUGGGUUCAAUGGGUUUCUGGUCAGUUUAUGCCUUGUCUAGAACUCAGAUGAGCAUUGUUUUGUUCUUUCUCCUCUCUCUCCUUCCCUCUCAUAGCAAUCCACCCUUCUUUACAUAUUUCCUUACCUCCUUUUGGAUCUCAUUCUCUCCUUCUCCCUCCCCCUAAUCUCUCCUUCUCCCCUCCCCUCCUACCCUCCCCUUCCAUUACCUAUUUCCCAACACCUAAUGAGCAUUUGGUCUUAACAAAUAUAUAACAUAAAUCACCUCUCUCUCUUGUAGGUGCAGAGCAGUAUAAAUACGGUAAGAACCGCGUGGAGGCGGACGCCAAGCGGCUGCAGGCUAAAGAGGAGGAGCUGAUGAGGAGGAAGCAGGACAUCAGGAACCGUCUGACCCAGCUGAAGAAGGACAGGAAAGACCUGCGCACCGCCAUGGAGGCCAGCACCGGUAUGAUAACGAGACACACACUUUGAGACACACACACACACGCAUGCACACUUAGAUAGACAGACAUAUAGACGCAUUCACGCACGCACGCACACACACACACACUAACACAAACAAAAACACACACUGCUUUUACCAAGGUGAAGAGUAGGUGGUGAGAGACGAAGGAUUAGAUGGGGGAGAGGUGGGAGUGAAAGUAUGGGGAGAUGGAGAAAUGAUGGGAGGAGGAAGAGGAAGAGCGAUAUAGAGUGGUGGGAGAUGGAAUGAGUGUUGGAAGGAAGAGUGGAGAGGUGGGAGUUAGUGGUGUAUGAUGGGAUUAUGGAUGGGAGGAUUAGGCUUAGGAGUGAGUGGUUUGGGAUGGAAGACUGGUUUGCAGGGGGAGAGAUGGGAGUCAUGUAUCAGACGUUUUUAUCCUGAGAGACUUCUCAAUAAACGACAAUAACAGUAAGACUGGAACCGGGAGUGAACCUCCUCCCUCUUCAUUUCUCCCUCUCUCAGGUAAGCGUUCCGCUGCGUCUCUGGUGGAGCGGCUGAAGAAGGUGGAGGACGAGUGCAAGCUGAAGGAGGAAGAGAGGGUGAGCCUGGAGCUGGAGCUGACGGAGGUCAAGGAGAGUCUGAAGAAGGCCCUGAGUGGAGGAGUCACUUUGGGACUCACCAUUGAGCCCAAGUCUGGCACCUCCAGCCCACAGGUUAGACCUCAAUCAAUCAUUUAUUUUAUAAAUACCUUUUUACAUAAGCAGUUGUCACAAAGUGCUUUACAGCCUAAAACCCCAAAGAGCAAGCAAUGCAAAUGUAGAAGCACAGUGGCUAGGAAAAACUCUCUAGAAAGGCAGGAACCUAGGACCUAUGGCUGAGUCUCAAUACUGUUUAAGGCGUCCUUCUCUUGAAUAAUGAACAGACAAAAGCAUUUUGUCCAUGUAAAUUAGUCUUCUAGAUAGUCUAAAGUGAAUUGGUUUUUAUUACCUUGUGUGCUUUUCUCCAUCUGCAUUUAAAAAACUUGACUGGUGUAAGCAAUAUGCCCAACAUACCCAUGACAAACAGUCAACAGGCUUUUGAUAAAGUGUUGAAAAUGUUGCUGCUGACUCUGAAUGGUGUGUAUCUGUGUGUGUCCAGUCCCCAGUGUUGCUGAGGCGUACCCUAGAGAACUCUCCCAUCUCCAGCUGUGACACCAGUGACACAGAGAGCUGUUCCACCUUGCCCAUCAACAGCGCCUCCCUCCUCCGCAGAACGGCCAAUCAGAAACCCUCGACUGUCCGCGGCCACGUCCUCAGGAAGGCCAAG